UACCAUGUCAUAAAUUGAAAUCUUUUUGGAGUGGUUCAGUUUAAAAUUACUGUGAACGGUGAAUACGUGACCAAUUUUCAUGAAAUACGAGUUUCAAAUUUAGCGCCACAUGCGCGUUGUCCUUGCUUUUGCCCUUGUAGACCCCUUUGAGCGUUGUUGUAUAUUCAAGAUGGCGAUUGUGUUGUGUCCAUUUGCGAGAGCGCGUCAAUACAUUAGUUCUGAUUAAAUAAAACAUCACGCACCACUUAAACAUAUAAAAAAUAAUAGAUUUUUAAAUAACAUGUGAUACGAUAGUCAUAGUAAACGUUUUUUAAUACCAAAUACAUAAUUCCACACUACGUUUUAAAUUAGCCAAAAUAUUCACAUAUAAAGGUUGUGAUCGCCAAUAAUUAACACCAAACACUACGGCGGCUUGCACUGGACUAGAAGACGGAAUGCGGGAACUGAUAUUUACAUUAUUUUGUAUAAAUAGUUCAUAAUCAGUCACCAUGACAGAUACGAGGAGGAGAGUCAAACUAUACGCUUUAAAUGCAGAAAGACAAUGGGAUGAUAGGGGCACCGGCCAUGUUUCGUCAGCAUAUGUGGAUCGUUUGAAAGGUAUAUCGUUACUAGUUAGAGCAGAAAGCGACGGAUCGUUACUGUUAGAGUCUAAGAUACAACCAGACACUGCAUAUCAAAAACAGCAAGAUACGUUAAUCGUGUGGUCGGAAGGAGAUAAUUUCGACUUGGCGUUAAGUUUCCAAGAGAAAGCCGGUUGUGAUGAAAUAUGGGAGAAGAUUUGCACGGUGCAGGGCAAGGACCCAUCGGUUGAGAUUACGCAGGACAUUGUGGAAGAGUCCGAGGAUGAGCGGUUCGACGACAUGUCCGAUUCGGCUCCUCCGAUUGAAUUACCAAGCUGCGAACUAAGUAGAUUAGAAGAUAUAAGUGAAUUGUUUAGUAACUGUUUAAGUUCUCCAAUGAGGAAAGAAAAGUUAGCCGUGGCAAUCGAAAGUGAAAACUAUAUUCGUAAAUUACUAAAUUUGUUUCAUAUGUGCGAGGAUUUAGAGAAUACCGAGGGUUUGCAUCAUUUAUAUGACAUAUUCAAAAAUAUUUUUUUAUUAAAUAAAAACGCGCUAUUCGAGGUUAUGUUCGCGGAUGACACACUUUUUGAUGUGGUGGGCUGUUUGGAGUACGAUCCGUCUUCACCUACGCCUAAGAGACAUCGUGAUUACUUACGGCAACAGGCAAAGUUUAAGGAAGCAAUACCCAUUAAAAAUCCGGAGCUUUUGUCUAAAAUCCAUCAAACUUUCCGUGUUCAGUACAUUCAAGAUGUAGUUUUACCAACCCCUUCUCUUUUUGAAGAUAACAUGCUUUCGACGCUGAGUAGUUUUAUAUUUUUUAAUAAAGUAGAAAUUGUGUCUUUAGUGCAAGAAGAUGAAAAAUUUUUAACUGAACUGUUUUCGAUGUUGACAAAUGUUAAUACUUCGGAAACAAAGCGAAGGGACUUAGUGCUGUUUUUAAAAGAAUUUUGUAAUUAUUCUCAAAAUUUACAGCCCCAAGCGAAAGAGACGUUUUAUAAGACCCUGACAAAUUUAGGUAUUUUACAAGCAUUAGAAGUUACUCUCGCAGCUGAUGAUCAUAAAACAAAGACUGCUUCCAUAGACAUUCUAACGUACAUUGUCGAGUAUUCACCUUCGGUAGUUAGGGAGUACACUCUACAGCAAGCUAACAACACUGAUGAGGAUCAAAUCUUACUCAAUGUUAUAAUAGAGCAAAUGAUUUGCGAUUCCGAUCCAGAGUUAGGUGGAGCCGUACAAUUAAUGGGAGUUUUGAGGAUAUUAUUAGAUCCUGAGAACAUGCUAUCAUCCAUUAAUAAAUCGGAAAAGAUAGACUUUCUCAAUUUCUUUUAUAAACAUAGUGUCCAUAUCCUCAUAGCUCCUUUACUGGAAGACUAUUUCCGUGGGGAUUGCCAAAGAGAAGAUUAUUCGACUGUCCAGCUCCUUGGAUUAAUCAUUGAAUUAUUAUCUUUUUGUGUCGAGCAUCAUACAUACCACAUAAAAAACUGUAUACUAAACAAGGAUUUACUGAGGAGGAUAUUAAUUUUAAUGAAGUCUACGCAUAAAUUUCUCGUGCUAUGUGCAUUGAGGUUUAUGCGCAAAUUGAUUGCCUUGAAGGACGAAUUUUAUAAUAGAUAUAUUAUUAAGGGGAAUC